UAACAUUCUAUGGUGUAAACUAUGUGCUUGUUUACUUUUUACAUAGUAAACUUUAAGUUGUGAAAAGAAGUGUAAGAUACGUUAUAUAAGUCAAGUCUAUAAUCUAUACCUUCAUGAGACGAUAAACAGUUAUUAAUGAAUGAUUUUUAAAACAUUUUCUAGGUUUAGGGUAGUAAUUUAUCAUGUUAGUUGUAACUUUGUGACUGUGUACAGACGGGGCUCUGGCAUGGCAGGCGUAAAGCGGCGGGUGAACAACAUCGUCAAGUCGGCGGAGGACAAGAGGCUGUACCGAGCGCUGGAGCUCACCAACGACCUCAAGGUGCUGCUGAUAAGCGAUGGAACCACCGACAAGUCUGCAGCGUCGCUGGAUGUCAGUGUGGGCCACCUCAGUGACCCGAAGGAGUUGCCCGGCCUGGCACACUUCUUGGAGCACAUGUUGUUCCUGGGGACGGAGAAGUACCCCUCAGAGAACGAGUACAGCAAGUUCUUGUCGGAGCACGGGGGGGCCUCCAAUGCGUGCACCUUCUCCGACCACACCAACUACUACUUCGACGUUGUGCCGGAGCACCUGGCAGGGGCGCUUGACAGAUUUGCGCAGUUCUUCCUGUGCCCACUGUUCACCGAGAGUGCAACAGAGCGCGAGGUGAACGCCGUCAACUCGGAGCAUGAGAAGAACAUCCCGAACGACUCAUGGAGAUUUGACCAGCUGGAUAAGUCUACUGCCAGGCCAGACCACCCUUUCAACAAGUUUGGGACAGGCAACAAGGACACGCUGGACAUCAUACCCAAGCAGCUGGGAAUCAACGUUCGUGAGGAGCUGCUCAAGUUUCACGACACGUGGUACUCGUCCAACAUCAUGUCACUGGCCAUCUUGGGGAAAGAGAGUCUGGACGAGCUGGAGGAGCUGGCAACAGGCCUGUUCUGCGCCGUGAAGAACAAGAGCGUGGCGGUCCCGCGCUGGCCGGAUCACCCAUACGAACGCGAGCAGCUGCAGAAGCGGGCGUACAUCUUGCCGGUCAAGGACGUGCGCAGCCUCAACAUCACCUUCCCGAUUCCCGACUUGCAGAGCUACUACAAGGCCGGGCCGGGGUACUACCUGAGCCACCUGAUUGGCCAUGAGGGCCCUGGGAGCCUGCUCUCCCUGCUUAGAAACAAGGGUUGGUGCAACAGCCUCGUGGGUGGGGCCAAAGUUGGCUCUCGCGGCUUUGGCUUCUUCAACAUCGUGGUUGACCUGACUGAGGAAGGCAUCGACAAGGUGGAUGACAUAGUCAAGCUGGUUUUUCAGUACAUCAACAUGUUGCGCAGAGAGGGCCCCAAGGAGUGGAUCUUCGAGGAGUAUCGUGACAUUGUCUCGAUGCAUUUCCGCUUCAAGGAUAAGGAGUCUCCGCGUGGCUACGUGUCUAGUGUUGUCUACAACUUGCAUGAAUUUCCCUUGGAAGAGGUGUUGUCUGGCCCGUACCUGAUCAGUGAUUGGCGGCCAGACCUUAUUGAUAUGGUUCUUGGCUACCUCGUACCUGAAAAGAUAAGGGUCGCAGUGGUGGGCCAGAAGUUUGAGUCACUUACCGAUACUGUCGAGAAGUGGUAUGGCACAAGGUACAAGCUGGAGGCAAUUAACCCGGAAACUAUCGAGGAGUGGAAGGUGUACAACUUCUGUGAUGAUCUACAGCUGCCUUUGAAGAAUGAGUUCAUCCCUACUGAUUUCGACCUAAUUCCUCUGGAGGACGAAGUGUCUCCUCACCCAGUUAUCAUCCAGGAUGACCCUUUUUCCAGAGUGUGGUUCAAGCAGGAUGAUGAGUUUUUCCUGCCCAAGGCCAGUCUCAGCUUUGAAUUUGUCAGCCCACUGGCGUACCUGGACCCGCUCAGCUGCAACAUGACCUACAUGUUCGUGCAGCUGUUCAAGGACGCCCUGAACGAGUACGCGUACGCGGCCGAGCUGGCGGGGCUGCGCUGGGAGCUCACCAACACCAAGUACGGCAUGAUCCUUGGUAUUGGUGGAUACAACAGCAAGCAGCAUGUGCUGUUGGACAAGAUCAUAGAGAAACUGACUAGCUUUAAGAUAGAUCCAAAAAGAUUCAACAUCCUUAAGGAAAACUAUAUCCGUGGCCUGAAGAACUUCGAGGCGGAGCAGCCGUACCAGCACGCCGUGUACUACCUGGCCGUGCUGCUGGCCGAGCAGGCCUGGACCAAGGACGAGCUGCUUCACACCACCAGCGAACUGACGUUGGAGAAGGUGGAGGCGUUCAUCCCGCAGAUCCUGUCGAAGAUGCACGUGGAGUGCCUGAUCCACGGCAACGUGCGCAAGCAGGGGGCCUUGCGGCUUGUGUCCCUGGUGGAGGAGCGGCUCAAGUCCUCGGUGCCCUUAUGACCAUUACUGCCCCGCCAGCUGCUGCGCAACAGAGAGAUCCAGCUGGUGGAUGGUUGUAACUACAUGUUCGAGAUCCCGAACCAAUUGCACCGUAGCUCCUGCACUGAGAUAUAUUACCAGUGCAACCUGCAGUCGACUCACUCGAACAUGCUGCUGGAGCUACUGGUGCAGCUCAUCAAGGAGCCGUGCUUCAACAUUCUUCGUACCAAGGAGCAGCUGGGCUACAUCGUGUUCUGUGGCAUACGGCGCUCCAACGGCGUGCAGGGUCUGCGAGUCAUCGUGCAGUCGGACCGACACCCGAGCUACGUCGACCAGCGAGUCGAGGCUUUCCUUGACCACAUGGAGGAAUGCAUCAGCAAAAUGAGCGAAGAGGAGUUUGAGAGGAACCGUGAGGCUUUAGCGGCCCAGCGACUAGAGAAGCCCAAGAAGCUGUCCAUCCUUUCAGCAAGAUUCUGGUCUGAGAUCACCACCCAGCAGUACAACUUCGACCGAGCCAACAUUGAAGUGGCCCACUUGCGAACCCUUACCAAGGAAGACAUCUUGAGCUUCUACAAGGACCUCGUAUACCAUGGGGCCCCGCGCCGCCACAAGAUAGCAGUCCACGUGCUGUCGAUGGCCGAGGGAGGAGCAGGCACCUUGCAGACCGCCGAUGGAAUGGGAGAAGUGAUCGAUGGCAUACUUCCUUGUGCGACCAGUUCUCAGGCCACAAGGAUUGAGAACAUCACGGACUUCAAGAGCAGCCAAGCAAUGUUCCCACUUGUGCAGCCUUUCAUCAACAUCAGGCCUAAGGGAGCUGUGUCGAAGCUGUAGCGGUGCCCGGCCCACCAAGUGCCGAUUGGCUCAGUUCGUCUGCAGUAGAGACUGUGGAUAGUGUACAUACUGCAUUGAACAAACUUCGAUACUUCAUAGGGAAGAAUACAGUUUACAAUAGAUGAGUAUGUAUAUAUUGUACGCUUAUAAAGUGAAUCUUUUUAGGUACUGAAUCAACUGCAAUAAAAUUAAAAUCCGGUCAUUUGUACACAAUCUGAUAAAAUUUGUUGUAUUUUAAGACUUUGAUCAAAAUUUUGACAAUACCUUCUUUUUUAGUUAUUUGUUUGUAUCUAUCGUGUUUUCUGCUUUGACCAAGGAAAUUUCUCUCCCCUACCUUGUAAAAGCAUCAUAAUAGAAUACUUAUUUGCUUAAUCAUUUUUAUUUGUGCUCUAUAAAUGUGUUUUGAUAUUAUAAUCUAAUGAUAUUAUUGUGAUGGUCUGGUUCAUGCAGAAUGUUGGCUGUCAU